AUGGCGUACAAUCCAGACGGAUACCGGUCAACCCCCAAUCCCUACCAGAUGGGACAUAUCUCCCCCGAUUCAAAGGACCCUUACGGCCCUCCUCAGCCUCCGUAUCCUUCUUAUCAUGAAACCGAACACCUGAAUAUGCCCCAGCCGCAGAUGCCUCCGCACCCGUCGUCGACGUCGAGCAUGGAUGGAUACGCAGAGUCGCCCCGCGCGGAGAGCACGAAUCCGGGCCAUAUCAACGACGCGGUCAACUCGGCGGUAAGGAACGCAAAUACAUCGGCCUACCUCUCGCCAGACGUGCUGUCGCAGAUCACUGCGACGGUCAUCCAGCAGCUCAAGGCCACCGGCCUCGAUAGCAGCAAUCUCCAGGGAUCCGGUCCCCCACCUGUUCGAUCGCAAUCGCAACAACCACCAUAUGCUGCGGCGGACGGGGGAGCCCGCCCGCACUCGGAGUCGCCGCCCAUUGCUUCGCAGAGAAGCGGGUCGGUGCCUGUAGAGAAGCCCAUGUCCCAGAGUUUCGACACCAACCCAUACGUCCCGCGUGCUGCCUACGCAGGCGAGCCUCGCACAAACCCCAAACCCUCCCCCGAUUCAUAUUCCACUUCCCGCCGACGCGAGUCCAUGUCCAGUCAGGGUAGCCAACACACUCGUCCGAAGCCUCCUGAUCGUGACACGACCGUCAUGGAGAUGACCACGCUGGAGAGAAUCUGGGGGAAGCUGUUCGAGGAUGGGGAGCCCACCAAGAGGCUUGGUCAGUUCCUGCGUGGCAUUGCAAUGCACCUGAUCGAGGACUACCCGCCCGGCAACACCCUGGUUAUCACCACCGCAAAGCUGGAGAAGUUCUACAAGGACACCCAUGUACCUGGGGACCCAUACCCGUGGCACCUCAUAUGGGAUGACCGCACGUCAUCCGUCUCGAGAUUGUUCCGUGAUCUCAAGAUCUCGCACCAUCUGGUACAGGAGGAUGACUUGGGGGAGCGCCCCGAUGUCCCGGGAUUGACUCCCAAGGGGUUCGAGAAAUGGGCGACCAUCCUGAUUUUGGCCAACCCGAAUCGUGAAUACGAGCGGCUGCAAAAGGCCCUCGUGAACAUGCCCAUCAGCAAUCCCGAUGACAAGAGGGAGCGCUUCCCCAAGGAGAUCCCCCGCCGGCUCUUCCCUGAGACGCCAGACAUUGGAUUGCGAGAGGAGGCCGAGCAGUACAUCAUGGAGCGAUGCGGUGUUGACUUGCCUCACAUCACGGACGAGGAGCGCGAGGAGGCACGACCCAAGACAGCAAGUCGAUCCCCAGAGCCAGCGGUCGACUCCAGUGGCCGGGCGCGAUCCUACGAGCGAGGCCGACCUCCACCAGCCGCCGCCGCCGCUGCUGCUGCCUCGUCCUCCGCCGUGAUCGAUGAUGACGACCCCACCCCCUUCGUCUCUAUCGAGCGUGAGAGAAAGCCCUACAGCGCCCAGCCGGGAGGUGGAAAGAAGUACGAGGAUCUACCUCACCACUCUCGCAGCUCCGCGAGCUCUUUCUCCACCGCCAGACCGUCCGACCUCCCCCGGGCGUCAGAUAUUUCAGGCACCAAACCAGUUCCCCCGUAUGACUAUGAUUCUCGCUACGGCCGAGCUGGCCCCGGACACGGACAUGGACAUGGACCUUCUUCUCGACGAUACUCGCGCAGAUCUCGCAGCUCUUCUCGUGGCAUGAACCCACCACGAGCCGGCGACUACCGACACUCUGAGGGUGAUCUGCUGAACCGCGACAAUGUUCCUAGGUACGAAGGAGUGUCAGCAGCGGACUUAUACACGGAAUCACCGACUUCGAUUUUCCCGGAUACUGAUGACAUUAGACAUGGACAUAGAGAUCAUCGUGACUCGGCUCGCGGCCCUCGUCCCGAUGAAUAUCAUCGCGGAAUGUUGGGUGGACAUGGAGGUGGACCAGUGCAUGAGUACAAAAAGUACUACUAA